AUGCGCGUAAAGUGUGGUCUUCAGCACCUGAGCGGAGGACAGCUCCUGUCCCGCAACUCCGCCGUGGCUCUCAACGCCCGCACUUCUGAUCUGAAGCUCUGCUCCAGCCCGCCGCAAGUCAGGAAGAAGCGCAAAGACCCGCCGACGGAGAGAUCCGCGACACUGCUCAAUAUGUACCAGGGGCAUUUACAGGGGAAAGACUCUAGGGGUGCAGAUAAGACUGUUGCCAUGGUCCUGAAGGAGAUACCAAGUAAGGCGUCAUCAGAAGGGAAGCCCCUCCUCACAGUGACUACCAAGCUGGUGAGCGAGCAACAAGAAAGCCGGCCGCUUCUCAGCCCCUCAAUCGACGACUUCCUCUGCGAAACCAAGUGUGAUGGGGUUUCCCGCCCAGUGACAUCCAACACAGCCGUUCUGUCUUCAACACUGGACCUGCUAGACCUCAGUGAACCCGGAGAAAGGAGGAACAGCAAAGACAGAAAGUGUGCCCCAUUAUCCCGGGGUAACAGCCAGAAAAACAACGCACACAAGAAAAAGACAGAUGAGACCGAACUCAUCCAGGUGGAGGUCGAGCAGACGGGCCCAAGCAUGAGGACGCAAGAGAGGGCAUCCGUGGACUCAGUUACCAUUGGUUCAUUGGAAAAAUGGGAAGAACUCAGUCCCAACCCGGAAAGAAACGGCAACAGAAAAUGGAAGUUAGAAAGACGCCGCUCUUCAAAGAAUUCAUCCAAUGAGCUUUUGUGGUCUAUGGACUGCAAAUCAAAGUCAGAGUCGUCAAAUAAGAACGCACUGGAAGCAAAUACCAAAGUUGAGCCGGAGUCCGCCCUCGUAACGCAAGCUCGCCUAACCAAGGAGAAUCGCUGGGGGAGCUCCCUGCUGUCCAGACAUCAGUCCCUGGAGGAGGAGUUUGAGCGAGCCAAGGCUGCUGUCGAGUCUGAUACCGAGUUUUGGGAUAAGAUGCAGGCGGAGUGGGAGGAGCUGGCCCGACGGAACUGGCUGACAGAAAAUGAACAGUCACAGAUUCCCUCAACUGUAUCUCCACACGAGAAGGGUUACUACUUCCACACAGAUAAUCCUUAUAAGGACUUGCCUAAUGCGUUUGAAGAGGGACUAAAGAAAUCUCGAGAGGGAGACCUGCCAAAUGCUGUGCUUUUGCUGGAAUCCGCCGUCUUGCAGGACCCUCAUGAUUCAGAGGCCUGGCAAGUGUUGGGGACCACACAGGCUGAAAACGAGAAUGAGCAGGCAGCGAUCGUCUCCCUUCAAAGAUGUUUGGAGCUCCACCCAAAUAACCUUACGGCCCUCAUGGCUCUGGCGGUGAGCCUGACCAACACUGGUAUGCGUCACGAUGCGUGCGAGGCCCUGCUCCGCUGGCUGAGGCACAAUCCCAAGUACAAACACCUUCUGAAGGGGAAGACCCACCUGAUGGGAUCCCCCAACUCUCAGAGGAGGAUGUCAUACGGUCCCAACAUGGCCAGACCCGAAAGCUCAUUGUUACCGGAGGUCAAGGAGGUCUUCCUGGAAGCCGUUCAGCAGAACUCUGACAGCGUUGACCCGGAUCUGCAGACAGGCCUCGGAGUUCUCUUCAACCUCAGCGCAGAGUUUAAUAAAGCUGUCGAGGCCUUCAACACGGCGCUGUCAGUGCGGCCAGAGGACUACUUGCUGUGGAACCGCCUGGGGGCCACGCUGGCAAACGGGGACAGAAGUGAGGAAGCGGUGGAGGCUUACACCCGAGCCCUCGAGCUGCAUCCUGGUUUCAUCAGGUCCCGCUACAACCUGGGAAUAAGCUGUAUCAACCUGGGGGCACACAGGGAGGCGGCCAGUAACUUUCUGACUGCCCUAAGUCUUCAGAGGAAAAGCCGCAGUCGCCAGCAGUCCCACCAGGUGAUGUCUGGAAACAUCUGGGCAGCUCUGAGGAUAGCGCUCUCCAUGAUGGACCAACCGGAACUCUUCCAGGCUGCAAACAUCGGUGACCUGGAUCUCCUCAUUCGCGCCUUCAACUUGGACAUUUGAGGAAUGAGGAGCAGCGAUGCCACUUUCCCCGUCUCACCCCUUAAUUUCUAACUAACAGCCAAAAGCCCAAAGUGCACACAACCCUAGGCUCUGAACAAUGGUGCGUUCUUAUGCACGAGAAAAAAAAAAACGAGAUGAAAUACAGUUGUCAAAGCCGUCAUACUCCUUGCCCUUUGACACCUUGGGGCAGUUCUGACGGCCGGUUCUUCCAAGUGACUGUUUUGUGAUGGAAUUUGCACAUUGCGAUUUGUGAUUUCCCUGAAGAGCACAAGGACGGGCAAAGAUUGCACGAGCAAUGCCUUAGAGAACACAUCAAUUAAAAGCGACUCAUCCAGUGGAACAGAGCUGAGCUGGGAAAGACAGGCAGUUUUAAGACUCCGGCAGAGAAACUCUCACAAGUCAAUGGCAGAAAAAAGAUUUGAGCGGGAACACUCUUGACUUGAGAUGAUGAGGACAUUUUAAAGGCUGAACCUCACCUUCCUCUCUUGGCCGAUUCAUCCUCUGUCAUUGGACGGCUAUGAUAUUGCAUGAAUAAGCAUUUUCCAAAAUGGAUCCUUGUUUAAAAUGUUUCAAAUCAAACUUGUAGAAAUGUACCUAUUGCACUUCAGACUAUUAGAUGACUUUCAUAAUCCACGUGGAAUGUGCAAGCCAGGUUUAAAAGCCUUACCUAAAUGCAUGCGACCAACACAACAUAUUUAUACUAUUUUUAUGGGCAAUACGAAACCACAAAGCCAUUUUUAAUAGUGAGACUGGAUUUGAUUUCUUUACAUCUUUACACUUCUGAACUUGAAAGCUUUCUGAGCCAUUCGUGUUUUUUAGCCCCCCUUUUUUAUUUAUUUUGAUCUUGGCUCUGGGCUUCUCUUUGCUCCCUUUAAGCUGAGUGGCUGGAGAAAUACACACAUUAGCGCUUUUGAAUGAAUUCAGUUUUUUUAUGAUUAUUAUGAAAAAGAUGUUACAGGUCUAAAAAUAUCCCUGUCGUUUUCUUUUACCAGUAAUCAAUGUAAGCAUCUUCUUCUCUUUUUUCUUUCUUUUUGCAGAGUGCAUGUGUGUUCAUUUUAGUGCAGGCUUGAUUACUGUCUGUUCAAUGAUCAGUGGUUGCCAACCAAGACCCAAGACAGCAGCUUGGUAAUGCAUUCAUUUGUAUCUGCUGUGCCUCCACAAGCCACAAGGCUCAUACAUAUAAUUAAGUCAACUUGCCUCAGCCAUUAUGGAUGUAUUCUGUCUGGCUAAAUAUCGCAAAUAUUUGGUUGUUUUUUCGGAUCACCUUCCAACUUCAAUUCACGUCGAUAUGCAUCCACAGAAGACGUGAUUUCACUAAAUUGCCGGUGAAGUUUGCACCACCGCAGAGGCUUUUUCGGAAACAUGCUUUUUAGCUGACGGCUACCUUAGCAUCAAAGCUGCCACCCUGAAAGCCACCCUGUGAAGCGGACAUCAUGUUCCUCGCCGUGAAAUAGUAAAUGAUAGAUAAUCUGCUGUGCUGCGCAGCUCAGCACACUUUGGUGUUUAUCGGGCAUGUCCACAGUCCGGGUGCGCUGUCAAAUGUGGGUUUUUUAUUGUCAGCUCCUAUGCAAAAGGUCAUGUUUCAUGUUGCCAUUCUCGAUCGUCGGUUUGUCCCUGUCUGCCUCAGCGGACCAAAAGGAAAGUGUUGAUUGUGUGUUUUGGAAGAAUGCUAUCAGCGGGGACCAGAGACCAGUAUGAGAGCCAUUUAUCUUUCAAGCUGUGCAGCCGAGAUGUCACGGACUGUGAAAGAGUAACUGUUUCAUUAGAAAACCGGGGGGAACACACCAACCCACUUACAGUGGCAUAGCAAUGAGUCUUUGACCACUAUUGCGUCCACUAAACUCACUGCCGUGCAUAUUUGCUUAUGUUGCAUAUGUUUUGUGUCCGAGUGUGUGUCCGGUUUUGAAAAAGCACUUUGAGUGGUCAGCUAGACACCAAUAUCUCUACAUCAUUACAGUCCACUUAACAAACCAUACAUCAGGCCAUUAAAGAGUUCAAACUAGAGCUACUUUCAAACCUUUUUAUUUGUGAUUUACUGGCAUAAAAACUAAUCCUGCAGCCAGACCAUUACUAUAAACUAUUCUUGCUGCAGGCUUUUGUGGCCUGGCAGGACAGUUUAUUGACCAAGAAGGCACUGAGACAGCGCGUUUAUAAGAAAUAUAUAUGAAACAAUCUGCAUUGGACUGAGGCUGACAGUGGACUCUCAAAGAUAGUACAGCCAAGGAAGAGGAGGAAGCACAACUCAGACAGAUCAAAGCAGAAUGUGAUGGGCGACGUGCAGUAAUUCGUUCAAUCUCUAUGAAGCUAUUUUUAGCCAUGCUUGUAGCAAGUCAAAUUUGUUUCCAGUAAAUAUUUUAGAGUGUACAUUAAUGAUAGAAAAACUCUUUGAAUUACUGGUGCCACAGCUAUGUCAUUUUGUUUUCGUUUCCCCAUGUUCUUUUUUCUUCUCCUCCACCAGAAAACAUUCCUAAGAAGUUUGAAAGGCAUUCUUUCUAUUUCUGGUCUUUCUUUGCUCACUUAAUGACAUCACCAUGAAAAACAUUUAUGCAAUGCCUGCUUAUUGGCCAAUUCCUCAAAGACUAAAUAGCUGCCGUGGAAUUUGCUAAUAUUUAACAGUUAGAGCGAAUUCAUUUCUUGGGAGGGGUUCUUGAGAGUGACAGAACCUAUAGCAUCUGUAUGAAUGAACAAAUUAGUUUUAAACAUUAAGCCAGGCAAAAUUCAAUUAUGGAACAGUAAUUGAACUUAAUAUUGAUUCUUUAAGAUCAUCCUCAGUAAUGGCCAGUAGGCAGUUUCCAAUAGAUUAGUGCCAACUUCUCUAAUGAAAAUAUUUUUAUCACAAAUGAUUCAAAUGUUAUGAUCUACUUUAUUUUCUUUUUGAUUAGUGUGGUUUGGAUGAUACCAAUUAUUUAUCAGUUUAGUCUUUGGUUUUAAAGUUUUUUUUAAACUCCUGGAUGAAUACGAUUAGGGCAGAAAAGCAGAAUCAAUGUAAACGAGUCAGUUACUUAUUAUUCUAAUUCACCAACCUUUUUUUUUUCCAUUUGUGUGGCACUAGUAUUAUGGACACACACACAUCAUCAUGGCUGAUGAGCAUGGCCCCUCGUCCAUAUCUCUUUUGUCCUGGUUCAGGUCUCCUGGUUCCCUGAACACGAUAUCCUGUCAUGAAACUUCCAAAUUGAGUCUAGCUUUCUCAUCUGUUGGCAUUUGUGACUUUUUUUUUUUCUUCUCGUUAUUUCAAAAUGCUGUAGAUGGGAUGAAAAUUCAAACAAAUAUUUAUUUUUGUAAAGAGAAGGGAAAUUGCCAGUUUAAAGUAUAAAGACCUACCGGGUGCGUGAUUGUUUAGCGCAUCGCGAUAGGACACCUGUGGUAACAUUUCUCUUCAUAGAACCAACUGCUAUACCUUUCUCAGGUAACCUGAAGUAGUUUAGCGCAUGCUCUGAAGGAACAGCAUGAGACUGACUGCAUGCUAGAUUCUCUACAUUGAUUUAUGUUUCUUUUCUCAAGCGUUAUCUUCCUUUAUAUGCAUGUAAGUGCUCUCACAAACAUAUAUAUAGAUAUAUAUUAAGCAUAUGAGGAACUUUCCUUGCAAUAUUUCUACAGUGCACAGCAACGUAAAAUGAUAUACAAAACAAUAAGGUAUUUCUUGUGUAGAGCAGCCAGUCUGUGCAAGGCUCAAGCAGAAAAGUGACUUUAGAGAAUAACAUUUAAUCUCUUCCAAAUGUACUUGAGCUUAAAUUCUGGUGCAUUUCUAGGACUGGUUAUUCAACAGUUAUUUUCAGUAGAAAAUUUGUAACUGCAAUUCCUGGGAACGGUGAGAUUACGGUAACCAGUGCAUUAACCCCAACCUAUGAAGCUUUCCAGCAACUAUUAUACCCAUAACACUUUUUUAAAAAUCACCUUACAGUUGUGUUUUUAUUGAUCACUGCUUUUGAUGUGCUCAAACAUAAUUAAGAAGCAUUUGGUUUUAAAGUAAGACAUUUUGCACACGGUUGGGUCAUAAUGCGGUCAAAAUGAAGGUGAUACGUUUCUCAAAAAAUAGCAACAAUCUUAAUAAAAUAAGUACAUUUUUGUAUGUGUAAUUGCAUCAAAACUGCAUUUCACUGCUGAAGAUGCAAUGCAGGUUGAAAAUGUUCUUUGUCAUGGUUCAUAAGGCUUAAUUUUUAUUGAAAUGUUUCUUUUUUAGUUCUCCAUCUCCGUAAAACAUUUCCAAAAUGUUUGCAGCUGCUUCAUAAGUUGGGGUUCGAAAGGGUCACUGAUCAAAGUUCUGUACAUUUAUUUUCUCACUCCUUUGAUUCAGUGUGUAUAGAAACGAUUUAUUCUAGUUUAUUUAUCAGUGUAUGAAAAUAUAUGUAUUUGUUAAAAUGCUAUUUUGAUGUAUGAAAUUAGAAAUGAUAUACUUUACAUACAGCCAUUAAUUUAGUAAAGACACUGAGUAUAAUGCAUACUACUCUAACCUGUAUAACCACCAGGAAAGCAUUAGCACCUUUGAAACGUAUAUAAUGAAAGCAACCUUUGAAAAUAAAAAGUUGUUAUUUCUAUAUAUAUACAUACAGACAUAUAGAUGUUCCCAUAUCCCGUG